CAACUAGUUUACAUGUGUGUGCGUGAGUCAUGAAUUGAAUGUGUCUUUAGCAGGAAGCCGGUUGAUUUUAUUCAGGAAUUUGUUGAGUUCUUUUUGAAUCAGUGUUAUACAAUCGUGUCUUAUUAAUUUCGUGCCUGUGAAUAGUGUUUAGUGUUUUUACUCGAUUUUUAGUUCGUGAGUUCGAUGUCCAAAAUGAAAUCCGCGCGUGGUAGGAAAGGUUCUGUGCCCCCAGAAACUCCAUCGACUCCUAGAAAUCCUACACCUUCCACCUCCCACGAAAGGGAAAGGCCAAGGAGUCCUUUAAGCCCUGCAAAAUACAGUCGACGUCAAGAAAAGGCCGAUCUGCAAAAUCUAAACGAUCGACUGGCUUGCUACAUCGAGCGGGUACGGAGGUUAGAAUCUGAUAACAACAAGCUAACCAAGCAAGUGACCACCUAUGAAACCAAGCUUAACAGAGAAGUGACUGACGUUAAAAAACUUUAUGAAGAUGAGCUUCAAGCUGCACGAGCAGCCCUUGACAAGGAGGCAAAGGACAAGGCCAAGUUGGAGAUUGAUACACGGCGGAUGUUCGAAGAAAAUGACUACCUCCAAACCGAGUUAGACAAGAAAACAAAAGAUCUAGCUACAGCAGAAAGAGCUCUAAGUGCGGUACAGAACAAGCUAAAUGACAUAACAAACAGAUAUGACCAAUGCCAAGGGGAACGGAAGAAAUUUGCAGACGAACUAAAGGUUGUAGAAAAAGAUCGUGACAAGCUCAAAAGACAGCUUGUCGAAGUCCGUGAGAAUUUACAAGCUGAAAUGCUAGCCCGCGUUGAUGUGGAGAACAAACUUUUGACAGCGCAAGAAGAUUUUGUUUUAAAGGAGCAAGUGUUUGAAAGAAGAUUACAAGAAACGCAGGUUCAACGGAAAACAGAAAUAACAGAGAUUGAUGGACGAUUAAGUCAAGAAUACGAAGAAAAACUUCUGAAAUCUCUGCAAAGCAUCAGAGCCCAAUAUGAAGCAGAUCUGAAGAAAAACAAAGAUGAAAUUAAAUUGUAUGAGGAGAAGUUGAAUAGAAACGCAGAGGUCAGUUCCAAAACAAAUGAGGAGUUAAGACAGCUUAGAACCAGUCAAGAAAUCACUAAAUCUAAACUCAGAGAAUUUGAAGCCAACAACGACUUAUUGAAGAAAAGAGUGAAAGAUCUUGAAGGUUUGCUAGAGCAGGAACGAGAAAAUUAUCUGGCCGAGUAUAACAAAUUGACAGGUGAAAUUGAUAAUCUCCGAAAAGAAAUGGCUGAGCAGCUGUCUGAAUACCAAGACCUGAUGGAAUGCAAAGUAGCUCUUGAUCUGGAAAUUGCAGCGUACCGCAAAUUAUUGGAAGGAGAAGAAUCAAGAUUGAACAUAAGCCCUGUGCAGUCCCCAGAAGUGGGCCAUAGUUCAUGGUUCCCGUCAUCCUACCAACCGACUCCCUCUGGAAAAGGCAAGAGGAAGAGGACUUUCCUUGAAGAGUCCGACGAAAGUGCCAGCUCAGGAUACAGCAUCAAAAGCAGUGCCAAGAGCGAUGUAGAGAUUUCAGAAGUCGAUUCUGAAGGAAGAUACAUCAGGUUACUCAACAAGGGAGAUAAGGAAUUCAGCUUGGCUGGAUGGGCUGUUUCUCACACUCCUGCGGGACAUGCACCGGUUGUAUUCAAAUUCCACCGCACACACAAAGUCGAUCCACAAGCAACAGUGACCAUUUGGUCUUCAGAUUCGAAUCAAGCUCAUGAGCCGCCUGUGAACAUUGUUAUGAAACAAAAAUGGCCUGUUGCUAAUGAAAUGAAGACGUUGCUCUUGAACCAAUCAGGCGAGGAGUUCGCCUCGACAGAGCUGAAGAAAGAGCAGUUGUCGACAUCCAUGUUCCGAGGAGAAAGUUCUACCGGGUACUUCCGCCGGGCAGGAGCUGGUGAUGGAGACGAAGAGCUGUAUCACCAAAGGGCUCAAGCAGGAGACGACAAAUGCUGCGUCAUGUAAAAAACUUUUCCACCAUACCUGUGUCUAUCAAAGUGUCUUUAUACUGUCAGUCCUAUUUUGAUUUAAACUUAAGAAUUACUGAUGUCUCAAGUACUACAUAAUUUUUAUUUUUUGCACAGAUUUUAGCUUUAUUUCUUGUUAAGUGUUAAGCCUUUCUCAGAUGAUAGCCUUUCUAUGAAAGGUUUUUUAGCGACCAAUAGGUCACAUUAUCUCAUUAAAACAAAGUAGUAUCCAUUUAAACCAACCUCUUUUUUUUCUAUCAUCUCCAUUAGUUCUCAUCAGGGGCCAAAAAGCCAUCUUUUGUGCUGAGACCAAUAAAUCCCAUGUGAUUAAGGUGUAAACAAAGGCUUCCUUCUUAAACAUCGAUGAGCUGUUCCUUAAAGUUUUAACCUUGUCAUCAGUGCAAUUCUUAGAUACCUACAGAGAGAAUAUACUCUGAAUACAAUUUUUAAUCUUUGGUCGUUGGUUGUUGAAUUGACUUCUGUAACUAUUAGAGCGAAACCAUGAACGUUAAAUAAUUGAAUUUCACAAAGGAAACAAUCUUCAAAUGCCUAAGAGUACGGAGACCAAUUUUUUCCUUUUCAUCGAAAAAUGAAAAAAAUGAAUCCAAAAGCCUUAAAAUUAGGUCAUAGGUUAUCUCGCUUGCCUUAUGUCUUCAACGUCGAGAACCUGAGAAAAAAUUAUUUUUUUCAUUUCAGGAAAUUUCAUGAAAAAGAGUGGACUAUGUCCCUCUUACUCAAUAUUUUCUCCAUGUUUUCAGUUUUCACAAUUGCGAGAACAAAGAUUUUGGACUAUUAUAUCUAGAGGAAGAAAAUGCAGAAAUUUUGAAGUUAAUUUUAAAAUUCACAGCAGACAUUACUCCAUAUUUUAUGUUUAUUGAUACAUAUUUAUAAAAAUAGUAGGAUAAUUUUUGUCCUUAUAAUUGUAGAAAACUUGAAAACGUAAGAGGAUUUUUCUUCUCAGAGUUGGUCAACCCCUCAGCGAAAUUCAAAGUGCUGCAAUUUCUUGGAAAUUUCAGCUAUUUUCAUAUUUUUACCGUGGGAUAAAAAUAAUUACCAAUCAAACACUUCAAUUUAAUAAAAUAUCGUCAUAUGAUUUUGCAUUCCCUGCGUCACAUUUUCACCAGUGACUCUGAGCUAUUUCAAUUUCUCAGGCCUAAAACUAUCAAUGCUUGUAUCUUCAUUUAUCGUGGCUCUUAAGUGAAGAAAAGAGAGGUUGGAUAGGGCACUCUGUUGGCCAUUUGCAGUACAUUCAUAUCAAUGGGGUGCCUCAAUUGUUUACGUUCCUUGUGGGCAUAAGUAUUGUAUAGGGACAGAGAUGGCUUUUUUUAAUGUCACGAUUCUACGCCAAAUUAACUUACCAAAAAUAUCUUUCCAAAAAUCGAACGCAUACCUAUUACAUUGACUUUGCAUUGACCUAAAAUUAGGUAGAGUCGACAGAGGAGAAUCUCUAUUUUUUCAAUUAAGUUCCAAUAUUUGUUUCACUUUUCUUUCAAUUUCCUUUGUUGUGUAACUCACGGACAGUCCAUAAUUGUAUCAAAUUCUGAAAGCCAAGAUUAAUUGAAUUGGCUCAUGAGAAAAUAUCUAAUAAGCUCCUUCCCAUUAUCCCAGAGAGUGACUGUUUGGUUAGUGUAUAAUUGCCAGCACAAAGGAACGUGUCGCCGUUUCAGUAUUCAUACGAACAUUUUAUUUUUCCAUAGGAGAAUCAUGUCGUGAAUUUUUCUCAAAAGUGUAAACGAAAUUCACUAAAUAUUUCAGUCAGAUUCAUGCAACUAUUCCCCUGUAUAAAAAAAUGUCAGUAAGAAAUACUGGAAUAGCGUAAUUAAGAUACGCACUCUUAAACACUUACAUGAUACUCAUUUAAGUGCUGAUUGUGUAUUGUUGUAUUUUCUUUUCUUUUAUCCUUCUGUUCCAACUGUGGGAAGAGCAAGAUGUAAAAACUCACAAUCCUCUAAAAUCCCCUUACAUAAUAAUUAUUAUCUUGCAGACUUUCUUUUAUCCUACAAUUGAAAUUAAUGUAGGUUUUUUCAGUUUUUUUAGAACGGGGAAAGCAUUUGGCAAUUGAAAUUUUCUCAUGGGCUGAUUCAACAUCAAUGUACUUAUGUAGUCAUGCCAUAUUAUGAUUUCAGAGUCAUUAUUUGUCGUUUUAGAAGCAUGAAGUUACUGAAUGCUCGGAAUUCCAUUUUCUAUUCAGAGCAAACCACUAUAUUUAAGUGAUCUAUUUUUUAUUGGUAUGAAUAGAUGAAUCUAAUUCUGCCAAUCUUUGGCUGAAUUUUUUCACAAGUCAGAAAAUUAAUGUAGACUUAAGUAAUUUCAGAUGUAACAUCUUUCCUUUUUCUGUUUAAGUUACGUUUAUGUUUCAAUACUUAUGCAUCAUGCCUUAUUGUCAGCUUUUUUAAGAGUACACAGAUGCCUCUUAGUGGUGUUUUCUGUAAAUAAUAAUUUUGUAUUUAACAGAUUUAAAAUCAAAAUAUAUUUAUUUAUAUAAUUUUUUCACUGGA